UAGAUAAAGGACAUUCUUGGAUCGUCGUGUUUUUGUUGUUUAGUUGAUAAAUAAUCUUAAAUAUAAUUUUCGUACGAUCAUUAAAGCGAGUAGAGAGCAUUGUAUUCUUCAAAACUGUUUUUAACAAGAAACGCCUUAGAGUGUUGUGGCUCUCCUUUUGUAUAAAUAUCAACAAAUUAUGCGUAUUGGUAAGCAAAUGUUUCUUUUAGUGUCUUUCCCCCGCUUUACACAAACAUCGUAUGGAUGUAGUCAUGACAGUGAAAAUCAUCCCUAAGCAACCUUACAUGUAAAUAUUGAUUUCAAUCACCUCCUUCAUUCAGUACGAUUUGAAUUCCACGAAUAAAAUUAUGUUACGUUAUCCAGAACUGCCUUUUCUGCCAGGAUUUGUGAUGCGAGAUCCAAACAAGAAUCGCUUCCACUUGUCGCAAUAUUUCGAAGUGCGAAAUGGGAUUUCAAUGUUAGCUGACAAUGAGAGAACUGCUGAUGAUAAGUUCAGACAAAUUUUGCAUGGAAAACCGUCAUUUUAUCCACCGUUUGAAGGUCCUAAAUUACCACCAUGGGUCGCUUACGAUAAAAAAGUGUUGUGUUUCCAUGCAUAUUUCAAAGAAAGUCUGAACGAGGUGUUUCAGGCUUCGCAUCAAGUAAGAAAAGUGAAAAUUCUAUAUUACCUAGAAGAUGGGACGAUGCAGGUCAGCGAACCGAGAAUCGACAAUUCGGGCCUAUCUCAAGGAUGUAUCGUUUCGCGUCAAAAAAUUCCUCGCACCAAUGGAAGCUGUGAAUAUCUAUCAAUUCUGGACCUGAAUGUCGAUUCGACCAUCCAAAUAUUUGAUCGAGUCUACUUCGUUUCGGGAUGUGAUCAAUUCACCAGAAAUUUCUUGAAUCGUGCUGGUGUAGCUGUGGCGGACAAACAAGAAACCCCAACGGAUCCCGGCCAAGAAUUACGGAAAAAAGCGGCUAUGGUCAGUGAGAAAGUACCUUUUCGAAAGGACAAGCUUGCACAGUUUUUGAAAAACGACAGAAAAGUUCUACUCUUUUAUGGAUAUUGGGAUGAUAGAGACGCAAUGUUUGGGGACGUGCGCGAUUUGAAUAUUUAUUAUUUCCUGGCUGAUGACACCAUUCAGAUUAAGGAGAUAUUUCCAAGAAAUUCUGGUAGAGAUGCUCCACCGACAUUUUUAACCAGACGCAAGAUACCACGGAAUUUUAACGGUAUUCAGUCAUUGGGUCAGGAUACGUUUACUGUUUUGAACGUACUAGAAGGAAGAUAUGUGCCAGACUGCUUGGGUAUUGGUACCAAGGAAGUCGAGUACUACAAGGCCAAUGACCUUUCGAUUGGUGCCCAUAUAAACGUUUAUGGAAGGGAAGUCGUUUUGGUCGAUUGCGAUCCAUUCACAAGGGAAUACUAUCGAACCGUUCAUGGCAUCGAAGACUUCACUCCCUUGAAACGGCCAGGUGUUGAAAGAAAUACGAUUGUGAACAGUGAGCGUAUGCUUCCUCCGUUCAAUGGUUGGGGCACACAUGAAGAUUCUGAGAGCAAUUGUAAAACGGUCGAACAAAAACCACCGAAAGUUGAUUUUCAUAAAUUCAUCAAAUUGGACCGUUACAUGUUGAGAUUCGGUGCACGAAUGAUAUCCGAUUUACAGGAGAAUAGAGAGAGACUGUACGUCAUCACGUACUAUCUCAGCGAUGAUACGAUCUCAGUGUUUGAAAUUGGAGCAAGGAAUUCUGGAUUUAAGGAAGGAGAUUUCUUUAAGAGGGCUAAGGUACUGCUACCGCAUCAAAAUUUAUUGACGUCAGAGCGUCCCCGAAUCUACACACCCCAGCACUUUUUCAUUGGUGCAACGUUAGUCAUAAACGAUUUCACGUUCCAUCUUAUUUCGGCGGAUGAAUUCGCUUUAAAAUAUAUGGAAAACAGUCCGUUCGAAUUUCCCAAAGCAAAUGUUGACAAAAUAAUGUCUAAGAUUCGUGAGGCUCUCCGUCCAAAGUACAAGAAUUUCAUUGCUAAAUAUUUACAUAAGGUGUGCGAGUCUAAACUUGACGGGACAAACGUUUCGGUUGUUUGCUUCGAGACAAUGAGAGACGCGUUGUUCGAUUUACUGGGAUCAGAUAUAACAGAGCACGAAAUUGUGACAAUUGCCAGAUACUUUUCUGCCGAAACACCGCCAGCAAUCGUAUGUAAUCGCGAUCUUAUUCGGUCGACGGUUCAUUGGGAGCUCAACCGAAAUUUGUGGGAUGACAUGGAAAGGUUGGAAGAACAUCUGUACCAUUUGAUUGGCGACGUUUUUGGUUUCAUAUCGGAAAAUACUUUGUUUAAGGCGAUUCGAGCGUGUCGAUUGCCGUUGAAACCGUCGUUGAUUCGGAAUAUGUUCUCAGUAUUAAACAGAAAUACUGCCGGCGACAUAAGUGUCCAGGAAUUCCUCGAAUUUGUUAACGUUAAGAGAUAUACGAGCCCGCCGAUACAACCCGUCAAUUUAGAUAUUGAUGUCUGUCCGAAAUUACCUGCCACACAAACCGGAAGAUUAAUUGACUGGAAUAAUUUUAUUGCCAAAAUUGGUCUAGAAGUUGAACUUAAACAUGAAACCGAGUAAAUCAUUUGUAACAAACCGAU